AUGAGAGUAAUCUUACAUGUGGACAUAUUUAUCAAUCUCAUAUUCAAUGUGUGCGGGGGAAUCCACGAGAUUACAUCGAAAGAAAGAUAUCCUGACCAAUAUCUUCGCUGGGAGGAUCUUCGUGUGUACGCCUUUAGACGCAACGGGAUAGUCACUAUCUCCGCGACUCUUCGAGUGACUGGAUUGAAAGGGUGGAAGAAUCGUACGGAGAACUACAAAGAGUACAUCUUGAACUUGUUGCCUGUCCACAUGUGGCCGGAGGACAGCUUUCGGCUGCUGUUGUUCACUGCAAUUCUUGACGGGCACAUCAAAGGAAUCAAUACCUGGACAGAGCCAAUGGAUCUCGUUGCUACUUGCGAUAGCGAGACAGGUGUAUUGUUAUCCUUUAAGGAGUCUUCUUCAGCGCUACCGCUCAUACCAAGCCUUGACCAUGCCAAUGGAGUAGUGCAACAAUGUGCUGCGAAACCCGACCUCAUUCCCCGUCAUCUGCAACGCCUGGGCCGUCUUUGUGGAUUUCGCGACAUCCUCAAGAGUCACGCGUUCAGACAUAGCGCUGCGUUUGCGCUGGAAGCCACCUGCACCCCAGAUGCUCAUACCUGGGCUAUGGGGCGCGAUUUAGGGAGCAACCAAGUAUGGCAAAGAAGAAACUUGGCGCACGGCAACGUCUCCGGGAUGAGAACCGAUUUUGGCCAGGUCGGCUAUACAGCCAUUCUGGAAGGAGGCCUCUCCAUCUGGGGGGAACCAGAAAAUGUAAACGCACUCGUGGAGUGUAAAGCCCUUAGGAGACGUGAUGCGAUGGCUGACGAUCAGAACAACGAGGACGAUGAGGAAGAGGCACUGGAUAGUGAAAAUCUCCUUUCUGACUCGGAAACUCAUAACGAUGAAUCGGACGACGAACUAGAGAAGCUCAACAGUAUUGACGAUGGACUCCUCGAAGCUACGGGUGGAUAUGCAGAAUUUGCACCCAGGACUAUGAAUAUGCAGACCUAUACGACAGCCAUAUAUAACGAAACUGGCGCUACUACUAAUCCCACUGGUCCUACUGGUGGUGGUAAUACUGAUCCUACUGGUUCGACCAGUAACCCCAAUGCCCAGGCUACCCCAUCCAAGGGCACCACCAAAGUCGUGAAGAAGAAAAUCUGCAACUGCGCGCAUCACAAGAAGGAAAAGUGGCCUUACAAAGGGGAGAUAGAGAAUGGGUAGGCUAACUCGGAGUUCUCCUUUUGGUCGACUGGCAGAAAGCCAUUGAAUUACAAUGCCCUUGUCGAUGAACACAAAGGCGUUCCUUGCGAUUGGAUGAUGAAAAAGGAUGGAUCUCGCUGUGGAAAGAUCUUUUCGGAUAAUGACAAGUUCCGCAGACAGCUAUUACAGCACAGCUGGAAACGAGAGCGCUGUAAAUUCAGUAAUUGUGUUAAUAGCUCUCGAGAACUGCCCAACCGUGACUUGUGGAUCG